AUGAACUUCUUCAAGAUUUUAUUAAUAUGCACAGUGUUUUCACACAUUGCAGCAGAUAUUCAGAUGUUAAUUAACCCAGUGAAUUUGCCUGAAAACACACUUCCGGGGACACAACUAAGUCGAGCUUAUGAUAAGGAUGUAGCCGGCAAAGCAAAUGUCUACCACUUCCUGAAUAAAACAAAGGAUUUUAACAUCGAUGCAAAUUCUGGUGUAAUCACAUCUACCAAAAUUUUCAAUUAUGAAACUGAUCCCAGAAGAUUUCUACUGAUAGUUGAUACUGGAGGGCUCUUGAGACAUGUUUUGACCAUUAAUAUCAUCGAUGUUGCGGAACCUCCAGACUGUACUGCUGAUCUCCAAUUUUCUUCAGGCACAGCUACUUUGGAAAUUGAUGAGGACUAUCCAUUAUUGCAGUCCCUUUACAGAAUGACAGCCACAGAUGAGGACACUUCAAAUGGUGACAGACUGGUGUAUUCCAUUGAGACACAGUUAUCUGGACCAAGGAAAGGGGCAAAUUCUUUUGGAGUGGAUUUGAUAAGUGGCAUUGUUAGCUUGAGUGGCAAAGAUCUCUUGGACUUUGAUGCUGGAUAUCAUGUUUUCCAGCUUGCAUUGAGAGCAACAGAUAAAACAGGUCUGUUCUGUCAAGGGACACUAAUUAUCAAAAUCAGGAACAUAAAUGAUGAGAAACCUCAAUUUGAGCCAUUUCCUCUGAAUUCUAUUAAUGUGACUGAAAAUAAACCUGUUGGAGAAAUUGUAGCAAGAGUAAAAGCAACAGAUAGAGAUGAAGAUAGCAACAUCAGUUAUUCCUUUAAAACUCAGCAGGAAAAGUUUGGUCUGGACCCUUUCACAGGUAUAAUCACCAUUCUUCAGCCUUUGAAUCUUGACAACCCAAAUAACCCAAAAAUCUACUCUUUGGAAAUUGAGGCCAGAGAUAAUGGAAAUAAUACCAGUACCUAUAUGUUUACAGUUUUUGUGGAGAAUAUAGAUGAUCCUAUUGUCUGUGACUCAAGUUUUUCAACAGGAGCAGGUGUUUCUGUAUCUGUUCCUGAAAAUGUUCCUGCAUCUGCUUUUAUAUAUAAGAUUCUUGCAAGAGAUCCAGAUCCAGAGCAAAAAGUUGAACAAUUCCAGAUAGUGGUUGCUGUGAGAAACAGAGAGAACCUGUCUCUGGAGUCUUGUGUUGGCACCAUCACUAUAAAUAUCAAGAAUGUUAAUGAUGAGCGUCCUGUUCUUACAUACAUACCAGAUGCACCUAUAAAUAUUUAUGAAAAUCUGCCUGUUGGAACAAAGCUAGUCAAGUUGACAGCAACUGAUAGAGAUAUAGGAGACUCAGUACAUUAUGAAUUUAUAGGUACACAAAAAGAAUUUUCAAUAAAUGAAGACUCAGGAGAGGUCAUGACUGCCUAUCCUUUGGAUUAUGAAGAUGCAGCCACCCCACAUUCUUGGAUAUUAUAUUUUAGAGUUUAUGACAAUGGACGAGUGCAUUCCACAACUGGAACACUCACAGUGAUUCUACAAGAUGUCAAUGACAAUCCACCUCAUUGCCCUCGAGAUAUUUACGCAAUUGAACUUCCUGAAAAUAUUCCAGUUGAAACUCUUGUAGUCUGUCUAAUUUGUACAGAUAAGGAUGGAACUGUUCCUAAUAACAAUAUCACUUAUAAUUUGAUCAAGGAUACUUUUUCAAAUGAAACCUUUACUCUCACAAACAAUGAACUGAGAGUUGGACCUACACAUCUAGAUUAUGAUAAUGCUGUUUUUGCAGGAAUGCACUUCAAAUAUACAUUGUUUGUGAAAGUUUCAGAUGAAGGACGUCCUGUGCUAUCAACAAUGAUUACAAUCAUCAUAAGGGUGAGUCGCAUAAAUGAACUGAAUCCAAUUGGAACUACGUCAGCAUUUACCUUCAGUGUAUUUGAAAAUAGCCCAGCUGAUACACUAGUUGGAAGAAUUACAUUUACUGAUGCAGACUGGCCAUUCAAUAAUAUAAAAUAUACUAUUAUUGGAGGCAAUUUGGGAUCACCUCAUAAAUUUUACAUUGAACCAGAUACAGGAAUGAUAAAGCUAUUGGAAUCAUUGGACAGGGAAACUGAAUCACAGUACAAAAUAGCUGUGAGGAUAACUGAUUUUGACAACGAUGCAGUCCCUGACCCCCUCAGACAGAGAAGUGGUACUGCUCAGGUGACUGUCAAUGUUCUGAAUAUGAAUGAUGAGCCUCCGAUAUGUAACCCACCACAUCUGGAAACUCAGAUUAAUUCUACAAUUAAGAUUCCUUUUAUUCAGCUCAACUGUUCAGACAAAGAUUCUCCACAGGAAGAGCUGAGCUAUUCAAUUGUUAGAGGAAAUACAAAUAAUCAAUUCACACUUUGGAGACAAGGUGUUGAUCCUCCUUCUCUGGCCACCACUCAGAAUUUCCACUAUGAUGUGUAUCAAGGGACUCAGGAUCCUAUGACUUUCCAGCUACUUAUUGAAGUUACUGAUGAAUUAGGUGGGAAAAAAGCUAGUCAGCUGUCAGCCACUACAACAGUCAUCAUUCAUGUGUUUCCUUGGACCACACUGCAGCCAACUUUUUCCACAAAAACAACUACAGCUACAAUUACCACUUCUGUCUUAAUAAAGAUUUCAUAUUAUUGGAGCCCUGAUAACUGGAUUCCUGCAGUGCUAACUAUAACAGGAGUUCUUUUCAUGAUGUGUCUCUAUGCUGUUGCAUGGUGCCUCUUCAAAGAGUAA